UUUUUAGAGAGCAAAAUGUCCAAGGAACAAAGUAAUGUGAGUAAGCACAGUCAUCGCAAGAAAGUGUGGAACUACAUGAUGGACAACGACCUGGUGAACUUCCCAUCUGUAGUUUACCACCGCAUACCGAACUUCAAGGGCGCUGAUGAAGCAGCGAAGCGCCUGGCCGAGUUGGAGGAGUUCAAGAAGGCACGUGUCCUGAAAGUGAACCCGGACAAGCCCCAAGAACCAGUCAGAUUGCUGGCUCUGGAAGCUGGCAAGGAGAUCUUGGUCCCUAUACCGAGGCUGAAGUCGGGUUUGUUUUUUCACGUAGUGCCUGUGACACCCAAUGGAGCUGCUACUCCUACUCAGCAAAACCUGAAAGCCAUGGCGACUCGGUUCGGUAUCGAGACACAUGGCAAGCCUGUCGGCAUUGACGCAGACAUCAAAGUCGACCUGGUGGUCCUCGGCUCGGUCUGUGUUAGCAGGGAAGGCUUCAGGAUUGGAAAGGGCGAAGGCUUCGCUGAUCUCGAGUUUGCCAUGAUGAUGAGGAUGAAAGCGGUUGAUGAUAACACUGUUGUUGUCACCACUGUCCAUGAUUGUCAGCUGGUUGACAAGUUUGAGGAAGGCUUGUUCGAGAGACACGACGUACCUGUUGACAUUAUUAUCACGCCUACGCAGACUAUUUUUGUUAGUGAGAAAGAAGGCAAGGAUGUAAUUUUGAAAGCAGACGAGCCCAAUAACUCUAAGCCGAGGCGUUUUGAAAAAAAUUGGAAGCGUACGAAAGGAAAAAAGAAUCUUAAAGUCAAAAAAGAUUCAGAAAUAAAACUUAUCACUGAAAAUAAUGAAAAAGAAAACGAAAAUAAAAAUGAAACUACUAAAGCUGAGGAAGAAAAGAAAGAAGUUAAAAAAAAUCGUCGGCGGCGUCGGCCUCAGAAACAAACCGAUAAAAUAGACACUGGAAAAAAUGAGGAAAAAACGGACAAGCCAAAAGAAAAUAAAGGUCGUAAAUUAAAACCGAAGCCUCAGAUUGAUUUUUCAUUAAAGCUCUCCAACAUCGGGUCUGAUGUGCGAGUGAGAGAUUUGAAGAGUGCAUUGUCGCAGCGUGGAAUCAGCCCGACGUCGAUAGCUUGGCGAGGCCAGCGUGGGUUUUGUUAUCUUCAUUUCGGGAAAUUGAGGGGCAAAAAUAAUACGCGGAAUGAGCCGGUUCAAGUCGACUCGAUAGUCGCUAAUUUACAGCAAUUAUACGUGGGUAACAAUGGUAAUCACGGAGGAGAUUCAAAUAUCACAAAUGAUAAAUUUAUUAUCGUUGAACCGGCUAAGCCUAUUACUAGGAUCGAGACAACCGAUGUUUCUGCGGUUUAA